GACAUAUCCAUGCAUGCAUAUGCCACACUCUUAAUCUCCUUAAAUGUUCUUGAAGUGAUAAAGGAUGAUGCAUGUCUUCUUCAGUUCCUUAAGUGAUUACUGAUUGUCAUAGUUUUACUUUUUUUCCUUGAAUUGAUGCCACAACUUAACUGGAAUCAAGAAGGGCAAGGCAAUUACAAUUAAUAGACUUAAAAUGUACACUUCUAAAUAUUGAUAGAUUGUCAAGAACACAAAGAUCAAUUGGAAUGUAUUUGCAUAUCUAGAACAUGUAUCAUACCAUUAAGGAUCUUCUGGAUUCUGCAUCUACAACCUUAUAGCCCAGACUACUAAUAUCUGAGUAACCCAAAAUGUUAUGAUACUCAAAAUC